UGAGGAGAGGAGAGGAGGAGAGGAGUGGGCUAUUCACUCAGUUACGGGCUCCGUGAGUGGGAAAACCCAGACACGUAGAAAAAAAACUGCCGACAGAAAGCCUGCGGGGACCAUGGAGCUGCUGUGGGUGCUGUGUGUGUCCAUGCUGAUGCCUCCAGCGGUGGUGGUGGAGGCCAUCCCCAUGGAGUCUGCAGCCGGGAGCCACAGCAUGUUCACCUGUGAACCUAUCACCCUGCGUCUGUGCCAGGGGCUGCCCUAUAACUCCACCUUCAUGCCCAACCACCUCAACCACUACGACCAGCAGACCGCCGCGCUCGCCAUGGAGCCCUUCCACCCCAUUGUGAACCUGCAGUGUUCCUCAGAGCUGAGGAUGUUCCUGUGUGCCCUCUAUGCUCCGGUGUGUACUGAGUACGGACGCAUGACACUGCCCUGCCGACGGCCGUGCCAGAGAGCCAAGGGAGACUGCUACAAACUCAUGGACAUGUUCGGAGUCACCUGGCCAGGAGAGAUGGACUGUAACAGGUUCCCAGACUGUGACGAGCCAUACCCCCGUCCUGGAGACCUGCUCUCCAGCGCAGACUCCACUGAGUCGCCCAUCUCCGUCCAGCACAACUAUGGCUUCUGGUGCCCCCGUGAGCUGAAGAUCGACCCUGACCUGGGCUACUCCUUCCUGGGUGUGACGGACUGCUCGCCCCCCUGCCCCAACAUGUAUUUCCAGCGGGACGAGCUGGUGUUUGCCCGCUACUUCAUCGGCGUGGUGUCCAUUGUCUGUCUCUCGGCAAACCUCUUCACCUUCCUCACCUUCCUCAUCGAUGUGUCCAGGUUCCGCUACCCGGAGCGCCCAAUCAUCUUCUACGCCAUGUGCUAUAUGAUGGUGUCGCUGGUGUUCUUGCUGGGCUUCCUGCUGGAGGACCGGGUGGCGUGCCACGCGGCGAGCUCUGCCCUUUUCCGGGCAUCCACCGUCACCCAGGGCUCACACAACAAGGUGUGCACGUUGUUCUUUAUGAUACUCUACUUCUUCACUAUGGCCGGCAGUGUGUGGUGGGUCAUCCUCACCCUCACCUGGUUCUUGACUGCCGUGCCUAAGUGGGGCAGUGAGGCCAUAGAGAAGAAGGCCCUGAUCUUCCAUGCCUGUGCCUGGGGCCUACCUGGUUGUCUCACCGUCACUUUAACAGCUAUGAACAAGAUAGAAGGGGAUACUGUCAGCGGGGUGUGUUUCGUGGGGCUGUAUGACCGCACAGCGCUGAGAUGGUUUCUGCUGGCUCCACUGGGUCUGGAUGUUUUGGUGGGCGUGGCAUUACUGUUAGCGGGAAUCCUUGCUUUGAACCGCGUGCGUAUGGAGAUCCCUCUGGAGAAGGAGAACCAGGACAAGCUGGUGAAGUUUAUGAUCCGUAUCGGGGUGUUCUCUGUGCUCUACCUGGUCCCUCUGUUGACGGUCAUAACCUGCUACCUGUAUGAGAACAGCUAUAGGACUGUCUGGGAGACUACCUGGGUACAGGAGCGCUGCAGAGAGUACCACAUCCCCUGUCCAUACCAGAUUGAGCAGACCAACAGACCAAACCUGUCUCUGUUCCUCAUUAAGUACUUUAUGAUGUUGGUAGUCGGGAUCCCUUCAGUGUUCUGGGUGGGCAGCAAGAAGACCUGCUUCGAAUGGGCCAGCUUCUUACACGGACAGACACGCAAAGAUAGUGUGGUGAAUGAGAGUAGACAGGUGCUCCAGGAGCCAUAUUUUGCCCAGCUGCUCCUGCAGGAUCCCAACACCCCCAUGGUGAGGAAGUCCAGAGGGACGUCCACACAGGGCACCUCCACCCACGCGUCUUCCACCUACCUGGCCAUGCUGGACGAGCUCCCCAGCAAGAUGAGCAGCCUUUCUAGAUCCAGAGACGGCAGGUACACGGCGUGUAGUUUCCACGGAGUCGAGGAUCGCCUCCCCUACGACAGCAUGCUCCACCUCAACGACCAAUCAGGGUCCAGACACUGCAGCACCAGCCGUCAGGACAGCAUAUCAAGGCACGGCUCCACCCAGCGCCUGGAGAGCAAAUCGCAGCACAGCAGCAUCAAGGACCUUAGCAACAUCACCCAGGCCAUUCAGAGCGCCCCCGGCAACGGAAUCUAGAGUCCUAAAGGAGAAUGGAGCCACUGCCUGAACUUCCCUCUAAACACGACCCUGUAGCUAAAACCCAUGCCAUCCUUUAAAAUACAAGUGUCUAGGCCUAGAGGUGGAUGUUGAUUUGGGACUGGGCAUACUAGAUCUUUGUGUGACAGUUUGAGAGUAAGGAGACUGUGGAAACAGGACAUAGUGCAUGGUUGUUUGAUAAUCAUACCUCAACAUGUCCCCUCACUCAGCCUCACUAAACAACACUGAUAAAUGAAGAUAGCGGACAUUGUAACACGGAAGAAACAAUAUUCUUGAAUACAGAGUAGUCUCUCCAAUGCUGUUUGUUCUCAUCUAUCGGCACGUUCCACUACUCAGGGAGGGAUGAAUCUAAGGAUUUUAGAAUCUAGAUCGCUCCAUUAUCGGUCGCCAAAGCACUCUUUAAAAGCCAAGACUUUAUUCUUAUAGACCACAUUGUUUACCUGUACGUGAACUAUUGUAGACUGGUUCUACUUUGACACGUCUAUUGUUUUCAUUGCACUUCUUUUAGAGGUACUGUAAGUGAGGAGUAGGGCCAGGAGUCUCUGUCCUAUUGAUGAAUGAGCAGUUGUGAAGUGAGGCUAUAUUGUAUAACAGCGGACUUAAACUCCAGUCUCAUAGGUAGAAUAUGAUAGUGUUCUUUUCCCUCAAUUAGAAUCAGUUGUAUUGUUCCUCUCCUUCUAUGAAUUGUAUAGAUACAUGUAAACCAGAACUUCAUCUAGUAAUGGCAAUGUGAAUAGAUGUACAUUUGUUCUUUUUUUAAUU